UCUGUCCUCUGGGACCAGGUGGCCGUGUCUGCAGGGUCUGAAGCGGGUGCUGGCCAAUGGGAGGCGGCCGGAGGGGUGGUGGCUUCGUCCUGUCCACCCCCACACCACCGGCUGGGCCAGGACAGGCGGCGACAGGCAGGAUGCCGGGGCUCCCAGUCUUCCAGCGGCAAGAGGGACAGCUGGGACGGCCCCUGGGGUGGCAGCCUGCUCCUGCGCAGAACUUUCCAGAAGCCAUGAAGUGGGGGAAGGAGCCCUCGGAGGGAGGCGGCCCCGGAGCCCCCAGCUGAGAGCCCACAGGCGCCCGCUGUGGCUGUUGGAGCAGGAUGGAGUGCUGGGUGCCCUGCACGCCCAGGGACAGACAGGUGGCCGACUGGAACAAGCAUGACGAGAGGCUGAUGCGGGCGGCCGAGCGGGGGGACGUGGAGAAGUUGGCCGCCGUCCUCACCAAGAAGGGCGUGAGCCCCGGCAAGCUGGACGUGGAGGGCAGAUCAGCCCUCCACGUGGUGGCUGCACAUGGCCACCUCGACUGUCUCAACUCCUUCCUGCUGCACGGCGUGGAUGCUACCACCAGGGACUCGGCAGGAAGGACAGCCCUCCACCUGGCCGCCAAGUACGGACACGCCCUGUGUCUGCAGAAGCUGCUCCAGUACAACUGCCCCACGGAGCUCACAGACCUGCAGGGCAGGACGGCUCUUCACGACGCAGCCAUGGCCGACUGCUCCUCCAGCAUCCAGCUGCUGUGUGACCACGGGGCCAACGUGAAUGCCAAGGAUAUGGACGGCCGAACUCCACUGGUUCUGGCCACACAGAUGUGCCGGGUGGCCAUCUGUCAGCUUCUGCUGGACCGGGGCGCGGACGUCAACUCCAGGGACAAGCAGGGAAGGACGGCCCUCAUGCUGGGCUGUGAGUACGGCUGCAGAGACGCCGUGGACGUGCUGCUCAGGAACGGGGCGGACGUGGGCCUGGUGGACGCCCUGGGCAACGACAGCGCCUACUACGCGCGGCUGGGGGACAGCCUGGACAUCCUGGCCACGCUCAAGACGGCGGCUGACGGCGCCUGCUCAGCCCCAGGGAGGGAGUUCUGGAAGAAAGGACGGCCCCCGCAGCAGCGGAGUCUGGUUCACAUGCAGGAUGAAGUGAGUCCAAAGCCAGACCUGAGGCCGCAGCCCAGCGCACAGGACCUGCAGCUGGAGAACGAGGACCUGAGGGACAGGCUGAGGAAGAUUCAGCAGGAGCAGCGGAUCUUAGUGGAUAAAGUCAACAGUCUGCAGCUGCAGCUCAACGAGGAAGUGAUGGUGUGUGACGACCUGGAGCACGAGAAAGAGAAGCUCAAGGCCCUGCUGGCGGCCAAGGAAAAGCAGCACGAACAAAGCCUGCGGACUAUUGAGGCGCUGAGAAACAGGCCCCAGCAUCUGGAGGGUGACCACGGGGGACCGGGCAGGCACCUCAGUAGCCGAAAAGAAGAGAUACUUCUGAAGCAGGGGCAAGUGUACCCAGCAGAGCCUCAGGGCCCUCCCCCAGCCGGGAAGCAGAGGCCGGAGCCGUCUCCGUCCACCCCUGAGAGCCAGGCCCUGCGGCAGGAGCUGGAGGCCACGCGAGCCUCCUGGGAGGCGGCCCGGCAGGACGGGCAGCGGCUGCAGGCCGCGCUGGCCCAGAAGACGGCGGAGUGCUCGGCCCUGGUGCUGGAGCGGGAGCAGGCCCGCGAGGAGGCAGACGGGCAGGUGCGCCAGCUGGAGGAGGCGCUGCGGGAGGUGCAGGCCCGCAUGCGGGAGUCUGAGGCCCGGGUGCGGCAGAUGCAGGCCCACUUCCUGGCGCUCAGGGAGCGGCUGGCGGCAGAGGAGGGCGCGGGGCCCCGGGCAGAGGCGCUGCAGCAGGAGCUGGUGCGGGUCCAGCGGGAGGCCCGGGGCCGCGAGGAGGAGGCCGCGGGGCUGCGGGCCGAGAACGAGCGGCUGCGGCAGAGCCUGGGCGGCCAGGAGGAGGUGCGGGCCGCCCUGGACGCCGCCAACCGGGAGCUGCUGGCCUCCCGGCGGAGGCUGCGAGAGAGCGAGGCCGAGGCCCAGAGGACGGAGCUGGCCACCCUGCGUGAGAGCGAGCGGGGGCUGGAGGCGCACCUGGCCGAGCUCAGACGGGCCCUGCAGGCCAGCCGGGAGGUCGCGGAGGCCGGCCAGAGGGAGGCGGCGAGGCUGCGGGAGGCCGAGCGGGCGCUGGGCAGGAAGGCCGAGGCCCUGGGCGGGCAGCUGCAGGCCGCGGAACUGGCCAGGGCAGAGGCCGAGAGGGAGGCCCGGGUGCAGGCCCAGGAGCUGGCGGCCACCCAGGCCCGGCUGCGGGAGCGGGAGGCCGGCCUGGCCCAGGUGGAGACACUGCUGCAGGAGCGGGAGGCCAGGUGGUCAGCGCUGAAGGCCCAGCUGCGGGAGAAGGAGGCCGGCCUGGAGCAGGCAGAGGCCCGGCGGGCAGCCCUGGAGGCCCAGAUGCGGGAGAGGGAGGCCGGGCAGGCAGCCCUGGAGGCCCAGCUGCAGGAGAAGGAGGCCCGCCUGGAGCAGGCAGAGGCCCGGCGGGCAGCCCUGGAGGCCCAGCUGCAGGAGAGGGAGGCCGGGCAGGCAGUCCUGGAGGCCCAGCUGCAGGAGAAGGAGGCCGGCCUGGAGCAGGCAGAGGCCCAGUGGUCAGCCCUGGAGGCCCAGCUGCGGGAGAGGGAGGCCGGGCAGUCAGCCCUGGAGGCCCAGUUGCGGGAGAAGGAGGCUGGCCUGGAGCAGGCAGAGGCCCGGCGGGCAGCCCUGGAGGCCCAACUGCAGGAGAGGGAGGCCGGGCAGUCAGCCCUGGCUGCCCAGUUGCGGGAGAAGGAGGCCGGCCUGGAGCAGGCAGAGGCCCAGCGGUCAGCCCUGGCGGCCCAGCUGCGGGAGAAGGAGGCCGGCCUGGCCCAGGCGGAGGCCCAGCGGUCAGCCCUGGAGGCCACAGCGGAGAAGCUAACGGCCGGCCUGGCACAGGAGCGGGCGGCGGGCAGCAGGCUGCAGCAGGCGCUGGACACCCGGCAGGCAGAGCACCAGCAGGCACAGGAGGCGCUGGAGCGGGAGGUGGGCGCCCUGCGGGAGGAGGCCCGGGCGCGGGCCGGGCGGCUGAGCAGCGUCCAGGCCGAGCUGCAGGACGCCAGGCAGGCCCUGGGGCGGUCACGGGCCCGCCAGGCCGAGGACCUGGCCGCCCACACCGCCGCCCAGCGUGGCCUGGAAACGCAGCUCUCAGGCCUGAGGGACCAGCUGGCCGUGCUGACCAUUAAGUACGAGGCCGCCCUGGCCGGGGACGCCCCCCGAGACCAGCGGGGUCACCGAGACGGCCCCCUGAGCCCCACGGAGGAGCCCAGCUCGCCCAAGGACAAGAAGGUCACCCAGCACCUUGGCGACACGGACAGAGUCAGGCAGGCGCAGGGCGGCCAGUCACAGGGCGCAGGACCCACAGGGGGGCCCAGAAAACAGGGCCAGCAGGUGGACGCCCUGCAGUUCCAAGUGAAAGACCUGCAGAGACAGCUGGCGGACGCCAAGCGGCAGCACCAGGAGGUGGUGGCCACGUACCGAACACACCUGCUGAGUGCAGCUCAGGGACACAUGGAUGAGGACGUGCAGACGGCCUUGCCAGAUCAUCACAAUGCAGCAGGGACUGGUGUGCUGACCUGCGACCUGCGCCCCCCUGGGCGAGCAGCCCGCCGCCCCCCUUGGGCUCUGACCCCAGGACACCGCAGGCCGCCCAGGGUGCCGCCCCUGGGUCUGAACUCGCUGUCCUGCGGACCCCGGGGCCAGGAGGCCCAGCGUGAUCUGGGCGUGGUUUCCAUGUCUGACCAAGUGCUUUUCUCCUUUUCAACAAAGUGACAAGUGUCCUUGGCUCUACGAUUCUGUGACAUCCCCCCCCCCCCCAGGUGUCUCACGGCCUCACAGCCUCGCGGUUUGGCUCCCUGUUGUGCCGUCUCUCAUCUCUCGCGGAGGGUCUGGGGCAGGCUGGCAGAUGACUUUACCGGAUCCUUCAGAGUGUCAAAAACCGUUGACUUUUUUUUUGUCCCCAACAUCUGCUGGCAGGCAGCCAGGACUCCUGCCCCAAAGGCUUCCUCCCCACUGCUGGGGAGGUGAGCAGCUGACAGGCAGCCUCGGUCCCAGACCGGCUCCAGGGAGGGUUCCCUCUGGAAGACACAGCCGCGAGGCAAGCGGGAAGAAGGGGGUGACAGACGCCAGGAUGCCAGCGUGUCUGCCAGCCUCGCCCACUGAGGUGCCGUCACCGUUCUGGCCGCCACCCGCAUCACUUCACCAAGUUGCUCUGCCUUCGCGAUGAUCUCGAAGCUUCCCGCUUCCCGCGCGGGAUCUCAUCCAGCUUCUCUGUGAGGACGAGGACCGAGGGGCAUCCCAGUGGCUUCUUCCACCCAAGGAGAAUCCGCCGGCCAGUUUGGUUCAGUUUUUCCCGUGUAGAACAGCGACCGAGUCAGAGCCGGACUGCUUCAGUCUAUGUGGCGGCCUGGGAGGUGGCACAGUGGCUAAAACUUUGGACCCAAGAGCACAAGACCCUGAGUUUGAUCCCUGACAUCACAAGUGCCUUGGGGAGUGAUGUUCCCAUUCUCUCUCUCUCUCUCUCUCUCUCUCUCUGGCUCUCUUAUCCAUAAACAAAGAAACCUCAAGAGAA